AUGAUACAGGCUCAUCUUCACAUCGCUCCCCUUCCUCCGAAGUUGCGGAGGUGCCGGGAAGAGGAGGGGCCUUGCCUGGGGCGCCUGAGUGAUUGGCUGCCCCGGGCCCUUGGCGAGGGCUGUGUGGUCCAGCCCGGGUGGAGAGGGGCGGAGCGGCCACUGCUCCCACCACCGCCACCACUGCCACAGUCGCAGCCGCAGCAGCCUGGGCCGCCAGGCAAGUCGCUCCUGAGCGGCGGCUUCCUGGGCGCCCCGACGCGUCAGGGGGCGCCGCGCUCUGCUCGCUCCGCGCGCGAGCCAUGCCUGGCAGCCGCGCGUAAUCGCGCCCCAGUCGCCGCCGACCCGAACCGGUGCGCGGUGCCUCGCCCGAACCGAGCUCUCGCUGCCCGCAACUCCGUGGGUCUCUGCCGGCGCCUCGCAACCAUGCCCCGGGCGACUGCGCUCGGGGGCCCUGGGCCACGGCCGCCGCCUCCCGCGCUGCUGUUGCUGCUGCUGCUGCUGCUGCUGCCGCUGCCCCGAGACGCCGGCGGGGUCGGGGACGACUCGGCCCCAGAAGGCGCGGAGAGCGCGGAGCAGCAGCUGGAGCAUUACCACGACCCGUGCAAAGCCGCUGUCUUCUGGGGAGACAUUGCCUUAGAUGAAGAUGACCUGAAGUUAUUUCACAUCGACAAGGCAGAAGACUGGAUCAAGCAGUCAGUGGAGAAAGAGGGACAUGGCACAGGUGGGCUCAAAGAGCAGCCAUUUGAGAGCUGGCCGAACAUUACUGUCGCGAACACCAGCAGCCAGGAAGCCAGACAGGAUGGCAAGCAGGAUGCCAAGCUUCCGCGGAGUUCUGGGACCUUGAAUGCCAGAACAGAGAUGCCCUCUCCCCGGGUCCGAAGAGCCACAACCUCAAGGACAGAGAGAAUAUGGCCGGGAGGGGUUAUCCCCUAUGUCAUUGGAGGAAACUUCACUGGAUCGCAGAGGGCCAUCUUUAAGCAGGCCAUGAGACACUGGGAGAAGCACACCUGUGUGACCUUCAUAGAGAGGACCGAUGAAGAAAGCUUUAUUGUGUUCAGUUAUAGAACUUGUGGCUGUUGUUCCUACGUGGGGCGGCGAGGAGGAGGCCCUCAGGCCAUAUCCAUUGGGAAAAACUGUGACAAGUUUGGCAUUGUUGCGCACGAGCUGGGCCAUGUGGUUGGGUUCUGGCAUGAACAUACUCGACCAGACAGAGACCAGCACGUCACCAUCAUCAGAGAAAACAUCCAGCCAGGUCAGGAGUAUAAUUUCUUAAAAAUGGAAGCUGGGGAAGUGAGUUCCCUGGGAGAGACGUACGACUUCGACAGCAUCAUGCACUACGCCCGGAACACCUUCUCAAGAGGAGUUUUCCUGGACACCAUCCUCCCCCGUCGAGAUGACAAUGGAGUCAGGCCAACCAUUGGCCAGCGUGUGCGGCUCAGCCAGGGAGACAUAGCUCAAGCCAGGAAGCUGUACAAGUGCCCAGCGUGUGGGGAGACCCUGCAGGACACGGCGGGGAACUUCUCCGCACCUGGUUUCCCAAACGGCUACCCUUCCUACUCCCACUGCGUCUGGAGGAUCUCGGCAACUCCAGGGGAGAAGAUCAUCUUAAACUUCACAUCCAUGGAUUUGUUUAAAAGUCGCCUGUGCUGGUACGAUUACGUGGAGGUCCGGGAUGGUUACUGGAGGAAGGCCCCCCUGUUGGGUCGGUUUUGUGGCGACCAAGUCCCGGAGCCCCUCAUCUCCACGGACAGCCGGCUCUGGGUGGAGUUCCGAAGCAGCAGCAACAUCCUAGGCAAGGGCUUCUUUGCUGUCUAUGAAGCCACCUGUGGGGGAGACAUUAACAAAGAUGCUGGCCAGAUCCAGUCUCCCAACUACCCCGAUGACUACAGGCCGUCCAAGGAAUGUGUGUGGAGGAUUACGGUUUCAGAGGGGUUUCACGUGGGCCUUUCCUUCCAAGCUUUUGAGAUUGAAAGACACGACAGCUGUGCAUAUGACUACCUGGAAAUCCGCGACGGCCCCACAGAGGAGAGCGCACUGAUUGGCCACUUCUGUGGCUAUGAGAAGCCGGAGGAUGUGAAGUCAAGUUCUCACCGAAUGUGGAUGAAGUUUGUGUCCGAUGGCUCUAUCAAUAAAGCAGGCUUUGCAGCUAAUUUUUUUAAGGAGGUGGAUGAGUGCUCCGGGCCUGAUCAGGGCGGGUGCGAGCAGCGCUGUGUGAACACGCUGGGGAGCUACAGGUGCGCGUGCGACCCUGGCUACGAGCUGGCCCCUGACAAGAAGGCGUGCGAAGUGGCCUGUGGUGGUUUCCUGACCAAGCUGAACGGGACCAUCACCAGCCCCGGGUGGCCGAAGGAGUAUCCUACCAACAAAAACUGUGUGUGGCAGGUGGUGGCCCCCGCCCAGUACCGGAUCUCCCUCCAGUUUGAAGUGUUUGAGCUGGAAGGCAAUGACGUCUGUAAAUAUGACUUCGUGGAGGUGCGCAGCGGCCUCUCGCCCGACGCCAGGCUGCACGGCAGGUUCUGCGGCUCGGAGACGCCCGAGGUCAUCACCUCACAGGGCAGCAACAUGCGUGUGGAGUUCAAGUCUGACAACACAGUCUCCAAACGCGGCUUCCGGGCCCACUUCUUCUCAGACAAGGACGAGUGUGCGAAGGACAACGGCGGGUGCCAGCACGAGUGUGUCAACACCUUUGGGAGCUACCUGUGCAGGUGCAGGAACGGCUUCCGGCUCCACGAGAAUGGCCAGGACUGUAAAGAGGCUGGCUGUGUGCACAAGAUCAGCAGCUCAGAGGGGACCCUGGAGAGCCCCAACUGGCCUGACAAGUACCCCAGCCGGAGGGAGUGCACCUGGAACAUCUCUUCAACUGCCGGCCACAGGGUGAAACUGACUUUCAGCGAGUUUGAGGUGGAGCAGCACCAGGAAUGUGCCUACGACCACCUGGAGCUGUUCGACGGCCCCGACAGCCAGGCCCCUGUCCUCGGCCGCUUCUGCGGCAGCAAGAGGCCAGACCCCGUGGUGGCUUCGGGCAGCAGCCUGUUCCUCAAGUUUUAUUCGGAUGCGUCCGUGCAGAGGAAGGGCUUCCAGGCCCUGCACAGCACAGAGUGCGGGGGCAGGCUGAAGGCAGAAGUGCACACCAGAGAGCUCUACUCGCACGCCCAGUUCGGGGACAAUAACUACCCGAGCCAGGCCCACUGUGACUGGGUGAUCGUGGCAGAGGACGGCUAUGGCGUGGAGCUGAUAUUCCGCACCUUUGAAGUGGAGGAGGAGGCUGACUGUGGCUACGACUACAUGGAGGCCUUCGACGGCUAUGACAGCACGGCGCCCCGGCUCGGCCGCUUCUGUGGGUCGGGGCCGUUGGAAGAAAUCUACUCUGCAGGGGAUUCACUGAUGAUUCGAUUCCACACCGAUGACACCAUCAACAAGAAAGGCUUUCACGCCCGAUACACCAGCACCAAGUUCCAGGACGCCCUGCACAUGAAGAAGUAACACCGCUGGUCCUGAAAGACAGGAACUGAGAAUGUUUUUCAAACAAUUGCACCUUGUGAAUCUGCCCUAAAACAAUGUACAGUAUUUUUCUCCAACCAAACUUAAAAUACUUGGAGGUAUGUAUUUGCUGACGUUUGGCCAACAUGGAGGAGAGAGAUGUUCCUUUGAUUCUGGAAGCGACAUUUCAGCCGGGGACACUCAGAGAUGAAGCCUUGAAGUCGCUGCUCAUUCAGUCCUUGCUGGUUCACCCCCACUCUUGUUCCUUGAUCCUAGGGGGCGAGAGGCGCCCUCCGGUCGGUCAUUUCUGUUUCGAACCAGCUCCCGUAGCCAGGCGCUGUGACGGUGAUGGUGAUGGUGCCUGGAGCUCGGGCUGUUUUCGUCCACACUGACAGUGAGAGGAAAAGUGUAACCGUAGGUGAUUUGUUGCUCAUAGUGUUGGCUGAAGAUCUGCGCUUUCUCUCCGCCAGGAAACCUGAGAAUGCGGCCAUCAGAGCAAGAGGUGCUCGGAGGGAGUGUGAGUGGGAGAGUCACUCUCAGGUAUUUCUCUGCAUCACCAGCGCUCCUCACCCCUCCGGCCCUGCCCACCCUCAUUGCUCUGGGUCAAAGGCAUCGCAGUGAGGCCUCCCCAGAGCGGCUGGUGCGAGUCCCGAGCUUCCCGAGACAGGCGCCAGCAUCCUGCUUCCUCCUGAGACACCUCCUCGCUGACCCUGAGACGGCUCCACCUGUGUUUGGGAUCCCAGGGCCUUUAGAAGAAUACUUCUCCCUCCAGCUUCGGAGACAUUUGCUGUGGUGAACCGUGAUUCCUCGCCAGCCACGGCAAGCUGCAUCCGCAAGAUGUGCAAAGACAUCUGAGGGACCGGCUCGGGUGCCCUGUGGGGUGACUGCUGGCUAACUUUAAGUAACGUAAGAUUCAUCACCUCAUAGAACAAGUCAACCUAGGACUAACGCCCAGUCACAUUUAUGUGUGCAUCGGUAACUUUGCUCAGAUGAACGAGUAUCAAUCACCAACUUGCAAUCAGAAUUCACAACACUUGGCACUUGUUUUUGAGAAGUCUAGAGGAUAUUGUUUACAUGACUUUAGAACCUCCAGUUGUACUUUAAACAGUGAGGUAGUUUUGAAUGGCAUUUCAUUAAGGCAUCUAUGGGCAUUAUGAGCUAAAAGCUGUGGUAUGUUAGCUUUAAAAGAGUAUUUAUGUUGGAAUAAUUUUAAAAUAAUGUUUACAUAACCGUAAGUCCUGUUUGCUUGUUAUUGAACACAGGACAUCGCAACGAGAGCCCAGAUGCUCCCAAGUACCAGAAUUCCUUUGGGAUGAAUCAACAUCAUUUUCAACAAAGUAUUUGCAAAAAGAGAAAAGGUUAUAUUUUUUAAAGAUCAACAUACACCCCCAGAGGACUGUGUCUAAUUACAAUGAUUGUUGGGAGUUUAAAAAAAUGAAGAAGAAAAAUACAAAGAAAAGUAAA